AAAAAAAAAAAAAAAACAGAAAGAAAGAAAGAAAAUAGUGCACUCAGUGGGAGGAAAAGCCAAAAGGACUUCGGACACAGUUUUUUUUUCUAUGUGAUGAGGCAGCCUCCAAAUGACGUCGAGAUGGCUUUAGGUGGGACCCUUUUGCCAUCCAUUUCCACGUUUGCCAGCAGCCCCACUGACAAGAGUAGAUCCAUAGGAACUGCCAAUCUAAAAUGGAAGGAGGAGUUGUCUCUUCUUAAGAGAUCCAGUGUUCCAGCAGGAAGUAGCUGCCCUGACCAGGACCAUCUCACUGCCACCUGCAUAACGAGCACCAGCAUGUCCAAGAAAGACACCGAACCAGAUUUGGACUUAGACUACGACUUCAUUUUGUCCAACUCCAUUCUACAGCAACAGCAGCAGCAGCAGCAACAGCAGGAGGACGCCAUGGCAUGUAGCUCCGCUCAGGCCCUGUCUCCUUCACCCAGUUCCUUCUCCUCGUCCUACCAGCUUCCCUCUCCUCAGGACUCGGCCAGUGAGCUGCUCUAUACCAUCCCAGACAUUAGCGACGUUUCCCCCUCCGGAGGCUUUGUGGCCGAACUCAUGAGACCGGAGUUGGACCCCGCGUACCUCCACCCCACCAGCCUCCACGGCAAGUUCGUCGUCAAGACAACAAUGGACAUGGGAGAGUACAGCCAAGGCAUGAGUGUAGGCAAGGCCUGCGUCGGCACCGUGUCAGACUCAGCCUCCUCACGUGCCUCGCCGUCCUUCCCGUGCCACAGGAUAAAGCAGGAGAACCCCAGUAACUGCACCAUCUCUCAGCCCAUAGACUUGCACCUUGCAGGGGUCAACUCGCAGGGCAGGGGGGGCCAUCAGCGGCCCAGCCACCUGGAUCUACAUGGGUUCUCAGGCGGAGGCCGGUCCAUGACAGGCAGCAGGUUGUCCUCGUCGUCCUCCCUCUCCCCAGACAACGGCCUCUGUCGGGAGCACCAGCUCGGCCAUGCCCUCGCUCAGAUCCCACUACCUCCGCAGGGAUACCACCAUAGCUCCUCGCAGGGCUACCCGUCCUACCCCCAGACGUCCUCCAUGCAGUACCCAGAAGCCCUUAUGAUCUCCAGUGGGGACUGCUUGCCAGAGGAGCCAAAGCCUAAACGAGGGAGACGUUCCUGGCCAAGGAAGAGAGUCGCCACACACACAUGUGACUACGUUGGCUGUGGGAAAACCUACACAAAGAGCUCCCACCUGAAAGCACAUCACCGCACACACACAGGGGAGAAGCCUUACCACUGCGACUGGGAGGGCUGUGGCUGGAAGUUUGCGCGUUCGGAUGAGCUCACUCGCCACUACAGGAAACAUACGGGUCAUCGACCAUUUCAGUGUCAGAAAUGUGACCGGGCCUUUUCUAGAUCAGACCACCUUGCUCUCCACAUGAAAAGACACUUAUGAGACUUGGCCGAAGGACCAGACAAGAUGACAAAAGUUGAAGGCUCCAGGAAAAUAUCUCUUUAUGAAGUAUAUACAUAUCUAUAUAUGUGUAUAUAUAUAGCAAAAUCCUGCACGAACAUGUGCUCUACACUUUCAAAAACCGUAACUUGCCUUCAAGUCAGCAUCAAGCAACGAGACUAGCUGUGGUGUUCAUGGCUAUAAGAGAAUCACUCCUUCCAGAGCCUUCUCUUGCACAUUGUGCAGGUGACUCAACAAGACCUCUCCGCCAGGGUUGUAAACUUUUAUGAAAGGGACCAAACUGGAAUUUGUCUUAUUUAACCGACAAAACUUGGAGGACCAGGUGCCAACAGCUUUUAACUGGAAAUGUCAGGGAAACCAGGAGCAACAGACAAAACAUCUCCAGAGGCCUUCUACCAGCAACAUGCCAUCACAGGCUCUGUUAACUACACACUGUUCCAAAUACUGUAUUACCUAAUACGUCUAUAUUUAUAUUCCUAUGUCACCUGCAUUGCCACGGAUUUCAGGUACAAUGUUAAUUUAUACAGAAUGGUGCUAGGUCACUCUAAAGAAGGUGUUUCUUUAUGUCUUUGAAAAGGUACCAAAGAUUAAGGAGAAUAGAUAAAAAGAUUCAAUGCAAAAGUGCCAUAAAGUUGUUCUUGUGUUUCUUGGAAAACUCUUCGACAUUCUGACUUCAGGUGAAUACUUCACUUUUUAAAAUGGUGAUGGCAAUCUUCAAUGCACUGCAAUUGCAAAGUGCAAUUAUUUAUAUGAGACAUUCAUAUUUUUGUAUUGAAUGAGUAACUCUGAACAAAAGUUUUUUGUUUAUAGCCAAAAUAUGUAAUAUAAUCUCAAAUUUUGUAGAUUUGUAAAUAAAAACACUUUGUUUAUGUUUUGUAUUUUACAGUAUGAUACAAAAGAAAUGUCUUUGAAAUAAGAAAAAACGAAGACGUCUACGCUUUACAGACAAAGCCCAAUAUUGUCAUUGAAAACAAAGAAAAAACAUGUAAAGUAUAUUAGAUGUACAAUAAAUGCCAUACAUGUGAAGCAAAGUUUC